CAACAUUUUAUAUAAAAUGAAAUGAGAAAGGAGAGUGAAAUCUGGAACGAGCAAAUAAGAGUAACAGCGACACUCUGAUUUUAGAUUAAAGAAGAAGAAAAAGAAGGCGGCAAUAGGAUAUGGCCGAUUCUUCGUCACCACAGUCUUUCUUCAAAAAGCAUUGGGACGGUUACAAGGAUUUCUGGUGCGAGAGGUUCUCCUUCCUCAGCAACUACUCCAAGUUCGUCAAGCGCGAUAAGCCUCUUCCACCUUGGUCUGAGUCUGAUGUCGAAACUUUCAUUGCUUUUGACCCUGUUCAUGGCCCCGCUCUGAAGACUGCUAGGGAAGCAGUGAACUUUGGUCUUACAGGAAGUGUUAUUGGAGCAGUAUCAACUGCUGGCGUUGCGUGGAAAUAUUCAAGGAGUUUGCAUGGUGCUGGACUAUCCUUUCUAGCUGGAGGUGUUUUUGGUUGGACAUUUGGACACGAAAUUGCAAACCACUGGCUGCAACUUUACAGGUUGGACACAUUGGCUGCACAAACUAAGUUCCUGGAGUGGUGGGAAGACAAGAAUGAGAGACGAUCUUAAACUUGGGUUGCUCUUGGAAGCAAUAUAAUAACCGAUGCUCCAGUUCUACAAUAAGAAUCAAGCACAGUUGUGUUGAAAAAUGUAAUGAUGAAAGAUUGUACUUUUACCUUUAUGCUAGAUUGUUUUAAUUUGGGCUUUAGGAAUUAUCUGCUACCUUCUCAGAAUCAAUCUGAUGAAAUUGAGGUGUUGUGAUCUUUUUAGAGCUGCUAUUUCGUUUAACAGUUUGAACUUUGUGAAUCGUGAUGAAUUUUUAUGGGGGCUGAAAAUAAUGCUGCAUUUGGUGAUGA